UAAACAGAUUUGUAUCUCGGUUUUGAUGGAUCAGUUAGUAUUUCUAGAAGAAAACUGCGAAAUAAAAAAGGUUUCUAUACAAGGACUUGAUUUUGGGCGUUCAGUUUGUAUGGCAUAUGGUAUACGCUCUAGCGGUCCGACAUCGGCGUUACCGAAAAAUGAGCAGCUACUUAAGAGGAAAAGGAUGUGUGCAAAAUUUCAAAUCAAUAUCUUAAAACCUGAGUGACCAGUUCGCGUAUAAACAGACGGACGAACACACGUCGACUCAGCUCGUCAAGCUGAUCAUUAUUAUUAUACUUUAUAUACUGUUCAGGGUAUAGAAACACAUAAAGGUGGUGCGCGAUGUACGCCAAACACGCUAGAUGUCGCUGAGCGCCAAUGAACUGGAGAGUCGGUCGCCAGUUUGAAUAUAAGUAUGUCUCUAAAUACUCACGAAAUCGCUAUAAUGAAGCAACGCAAUCACUUUUAAACGAAAUAUUUAUAAACUGGAAAAAAAAAUUUGAAAAACGACCGCAUGCUGGACAAUCGAAGACAGCUCAUCCCCUUCACAAGUGUCAGUCUUUUUUCUCACUUUCUAUACUUAAAAGUGAUGACUGUUUGAUAAAUCCAAUAUUUCCACUACAGUAUUAAAGGAAUUUUCUGUUAAAAGCGACACGCAGAUGCGCAACUCGAUCCCUAGAUACAUCACAUGACCUACUCAUAUCACCGAACAGCAUUUGAUAAUCAUGUGCUACUUUACUAACUUAAUUUUAAACAAGUCUCCGUUCCUGCCGAUUUAUAUAAUAAAAAUUAUGCAAAGCAGUCAGCUGUUAAUAGUUUAGUCUGUCUUAAGUAUACGGAACAGACCCAGUUUGGUAAACAACUAAGCACUCACAUCUCAGCAGUAUAAAUUAAAACCAAUUAAGCGACGUAAGGAAGAAUAAAGUGUAUCCAGCAUUCCACGCUUCCACGUACAACUUCUUCUGUAAGACUUACAUCAUUCUAGACCAUCAGCUGUUCGCGCCUUCAAAUACAUUUUCUUCAUACGCGUCAUUUCAAAAGUCUCACACUCUUAACCUCCUCUUUCUUAACAAUCGCUUUGAAAUACUUUUCAUAUCAUACGACUUGCCGCAUACGCUUCCGGUCAAGUUCAAGAACCCAAAAUCGAAACCUGCUCCAGUUUGGCGUAAAUUAUAGCUCGUGCGCACAAUAUGCGAUAAUAGCGCAUGAAUAACAUUACAAGUGAAUGCAUUUCGACUCGUUUUCUUUUCAUGUACGCUUUCGUAUUUUUAUUUUGCGCUUAAUUUGCAAGCGCUACCACCUGUGCAGCUGCGCGCGCUGCUUACACAAUCGCUGUGGCGAGCAGCGCUUAAAACUUAGCGUAAACAAAGGCAACAGUGGCUGAAAAAGUGAUUUAAAGUGGCGCAAAUGCGAGCGGCCACUUUAGUAUUGCGGCGUUAAGCGCGCGUUGUGCAACGGUACUUUCACACGAAACAUUUUCACGCGUCUAAAAAAAACAAAAACAAAAAAAUGGAACGUUGGGUAGACAAGGUCGCUGUGGUGACAGGCGCUAGCUCAGGCAUUGGCUGGGCCAUCGCGCAGGACCUGCUUAAAUCCGGUAUGAUUGUGAUUGGCUUGGCGCGCCGCCUGCAGCAAAUGGAGGAACUCAAGGAGGAGCUAGAUGCCAGCAUACGCGAGCGCUUUUAUCCGCGCUCCUGCGAUAUGACUGUGCUGCCGUCGGUAAAGAGCAACUUUCACUGGAUCGAACAGCGUUUCCAUCGACUGCAUGUGCUCGUCAACAAUGCAGGCAUGGUGGAGAUGACCAAAGUGCUGGAGGAGGGCAACGAGGCCAUACUGCAGCGUGUGAUUGAUGUGAAUCUCAUGGGCACGGUGAAUUGCACCAAGCAGGCGUAUAGACUGAUGCAGACCACCAUGGCGCAGGGCGAGGCGUGUCAUAUAAUAACGGUGAAUAGUCUGUUGGGGCAUACCGUGCCGCAACAUAUACCCGAAUGUGGACUGAAUUUGUAUCCGGUGGCGAAGCAUGCGCUGUACACUCUUGACGAGGUUUUGCGGCGUGAACUCUUUCCGCACAAGCUGAUGCGUUUGUCGACCAUUAGUCCCGGCCUGACGCGUACCGACUUUGGCGGCGCGCCUACUGAGGAUGAGAAGAAGAAAUGGGAGGAAAUGAUAGAACCAGAUGAAAUUUUGCUGCCUGAGGACGUGGCGCGUGGUGUGAAUUUCAUACUCGCCUCACCGCCCCACGUGACUAUAGCGAAUUUGCUGAUGGUGCCGGCGCGGGAGAAAUAUUGAGCGGCAACAUUUCUUUUAGUCUGAAUAUUUUCUAGGUUAAAUAAUUCAUAAAAAAAAAUUAAAUAAAAUAUCUUUUUGAAAAUAUAAAAUUAAA